AUGGCGCCAAACCGCAUCGAGCAAGACGAGAUCGAGAAGUACUGGGAGAUAUUCAGUUCGCUCAGCAAUGGCGGCACCCACCUCGACGGCGCGCAGGCAGCGCCUGUCCUCAAAAACUCACAUUUGCGCGAUGACCAGCUGGAGAGGGUGUGGGACCUGGCGGAUGUGGACAACGAUGGCAAGCUCGACUUUGAGGAGUUCUGUGUUGCCAUGAGACUCAUCUUUGACUUGAUCAAUGGGAUAUCGGUCGAUGUACCCAAAGUCCUCCCCGACUGGCUUGUCCCCGAAUCAAAAGCCCAUCUCGUGCAAGCCACGCGCGCCCUCUCCGGCUCCCAGCCCGCCUACGAGACCGUCCACGACGACGACGAUACCCCCGGUCUGCGCGACGGCUUCGACUGGUACAUGUCGCCGUCCGACAAGGCCAAGUACGAGGAAAUCUACACGGCGAACCGCGACGGCCACGGCAACAUUACCUUCGAUAGCUUAGCCGGCCUAUUCGAGAGCUUAGACAAUGUUCCAGACUCGGACGUGCGAUUUGCGUGGAACUUGGUAAACCCAAAAGCAAGAGAAAGCGUGGGCAAGGACGCCGCACUAGCCUUCCUCCACAUACUCAACCAGCGCAGCGAAGGCUUCCGCGUACCUCGCAGCGUGCCACCCAGCCUACGGGCUAGCUUCGAGAAAGCCCACAUCGACUACGACAUUGAAUCAAACGCAAACUCACGAUGGGCCGCCACACGCGACGAGAACACCGCCACGGGUCGCAAAGCCAAGUUUGGCGACGCAUACCUCACACGUCUGGGUGUCGGCGACCGUGCCGCAAACUACGGUGCGCGAGGAGGCAAAGGCACAGAUUUCGGCGGUCGCACAACAGAAGACUGGGAGGAAGUCCGGCUGAAGAAACAACUGCGCGAGCUCGAGCAGAAGAUUGCCGACGUCGAGAAGGAGGCGGAGAACAGACGGCAUGGCAGGAGCAAGGAUAGUAAGCCUGCCCUCGUUAAGCGCGAGCUGGAGCUCUUGCUUGAUUACAAGAGGAACGUAUUGAAGGAUUUGGACAAUGAUGAGGGUGGCGCGGUCAAGGGGCUUGGUGGAAUCAGGGACGAGAUUGAGACGGUUAGGGAACAGGUUGAGGGAUUGCAGGGACAUCUCGACAACAGGAAGAGUGUCUUGGAGGAUCUGAGGAGGCAGAUUGAUGAUGAGAAGGCGAGGUGA